AUGUAUGUUGACAAUCAUGAGAUUACGAAAUUGACUAAUAAUCCCUGGUCAAGAGACGAACCUGCGCUGAAUUUGGAACGUACUGCUAGAGAAAGUAAGCCCAUAAAUGGAAGAAGUUCAACAAUAUUGGCAGCCACAAAGGAUACCGAGUAUGUAGAGGGACAGGUAGACACAGGCGAGGCAACAAAAACCCCUGGAAAAAAUGACAAGCAUUCGACUGGCUCGCAAGAACUAGUGGCACAAAAUCAAGACCCAGCACGACUUUCUCGCAACCAAAAACUACCUCAUGGUCCUUGCAGUUCACAUUUGAUACUUAAUCAAAGAGAGAGAGGCCGCGCGACAAGACCCGAUCAGUCUCGUAAGCGUCGCCGCAACACCCCAAGUCCUGAGAGGGCCAACCAGAGAAGAAGGACCAACAACAUCGGUGGAUCUUACGAAGAUCAUAACAGAUUCUGCAUUAAUGCUGGUUGUGAUUAUGGUACGUUGCGUGGUUUGAACUUUGUUUAG